AUGGUCGACAGCUUAGAUGCUCGUCUGCAACGGAACCAGCGUCGAGACCUACAGAAACAUGUAUGUCUGGAAGUCUUGCGUUUGGAGCCGACACCGAAAAUCGAGCAGUGGUCUGCGGAACUGUCUCGGGCCCUUGCUUGGCUAGAAUCCCUUGGAUUGGUCCAGGGGGAUCUUCGCCCAACAAAUCUCCUCCUCGACAACGAUGACCACCUAAAGCUGGCUGACUUUAACAGCAGUUGUAAGAUUGGCGCUGAGAAUUUGGGCCUAGCACCACCGUGGUCACGAGUGCUUGGUAAAGAAAGUGGAAAACUUCUUGGAACUUAUGGACUGUACGGAGCACAGAGUGAGAAGUUUGCCUUCGGUUCUAUCCUGUUCAAUUUGACGCGUGGUUUCGAACCAUCCGAGGAUAAAGGCGCGGAAGCUAUAAAUCUCUGGCAUAAUAUGGUGUUUCCGGAGCUAUCCGGCUCCCUAUUAGAUGCACUGACCCUUCGCUGUUGGAGGGGUGACUUUGCGACGUUGGCCGACCUCGCCAAGGAUGUUGCCGUCCUCGAAGGUGCUAAGCGGGCAGCAACUGUAACCGCGAUCGAUGAUGGGUACAUGAACAAAAUGAAAAGGUGUUGUCGAAAGCUGCUUCUUAACAAAUUUACAGGUGUCGAUGUCGGAACGCCUGUCAAGUAA